AUGCGCAGGACGUCGCUUGGAAGCCUGUCAGCCGAUGGAGUGGUCAACCUCGAGCGCGCGCUUUCCGCCAGCGACCGCAUGGGCGGGCAUAUUAUGCAGGGCCAUGUGGACGGCACGGGCCGAAUUACCUCCAUCAAAGAGGACGGCGACUCGAUGAUAUAUCGGGUCCGCGCGCCCGCCCGGCUGAUGCCCUACAUAGUCGAGAAGGGAUUCAUAGCGGUUGACGGUAUAAGUUUGACCGUGGUAAAAGUAGGCACUUCCUCGUUCACCUUGCCUGUGAUACCAUUCACUCUCCGCAAUACUAAUCUGCAUGCACUAUCAGUCGGCUCUAGGGUAAACUUGGAGGCCGACAUACUGGCCAAUCUGGAAGAGGCACUGGACGACCUAAAAGCGGGCAAACUGCUGAUCGUAGUUGACGACGAGAACCGGGAGAAUGAGGGCGACCUCGUAAUGUCGGCGGAAACAGUGACCCCGGAGGCAAUCAACUUCAUAGUGAAGUAUGGCCGGGGUCUACUUUGUAUGCCCAUUAUCGGCGAGCGGCUGGACGAGCUCCAGAUGCCCUUGAUGAUCAGCGAAAACGCCGGCAGGAAAGAACAGACCGCUUUCACUGUAUCUGUGGACUACAAGGUGGGCACGACCACCGGCAUCUCCGCCUUUGACCGCGCAGCGACGGUCUUGGCCAUGAUCGACCCGGCCGCCUCUCCAGACGAUUUCACCCGGCCCGGACACCUGUUCCCAUUGCGCUACCAUCCCGGAGGCGUCCUUGCGCGGCCCGGCCACACCGAGGCCAUCGUGGACCUGUGCAACCUGGCGGGAUAUCGUCGUGGUUGGCUCACGCGCCGCCACCGUCGAGUCCGUCUCAUCGAGCGAGUGGCCGAAACGCGACUCCCAACCCGGUAUGGUGAGUUCAAGGCAGUAGGGUACCGCAGCUACUUCGACCAGGGGGAGCACAUCGCCCUGACGACCGGGGAAUGGAAACCGGACGACCCUGUUUUGUUCCGCAUCCACAGUGAAUGUCUCACAGGCGACGUGUUCGGCAGCCUGCGCUGCGAUUGUGGGGAACAGGUGGACCUGGCCCUCAAGACGCUGGCCGAGGAAGGCUCCGGAGUCUUGCUGUACAUGCGCCAGGAGGGCAGAGGGAUCGGCCUGCACAACAAGAUUAAGGCCUACUCGCUCCAGGAUAACGGCCUGGACACCGUGGAAGCCAACAAGACGCUGGGCUUCGACGCUGAUAUGCGCCAUUACGAGGCAGGAGCCCAGAUCCUCCUCGAUCUCGGAGUCUCCAAGCUGCGUCUUCUGACAAACAACCCAGGCAAGGUGGUUGGCUUGUCAGGAUUCGGCCUUGAGAUUCAGGACCGCAUCCCCCUUGAGGUGCCGGUCAACGACGAGAACCGCAACUACCUCAUAACCAAAAAGCAACGAAUGGGACACCUGCUGGGAAACUGCUAG